CCCAAAUACCCCCACUCUCCCGCCAUCAUGCCUCAGGAUAUGCCCCCAACGGGGGGCUACGCCCACGUCCAGUACAAGCGGAACCUCCCUGCCCGUGGCUUCAAGCCUUGGGUUUACAUGGUUGGCAUGCAUGCGAUCAUGGCCUACGGUUUCUACAAGUACUUCCACGGUGUCCGUGAGCAACGUGAGCUUUCUCGCGAGAAGAUGUGGUCCCGUCUGUACCUCACUCCCCUCCUCCAGGCUGAGGAGGACCGCGACCAGGUCCGCCGCUACUACGCCGAUCAGGCUCGUGCUAAGGCGCUCGGUAUUGAGGACAAGGUCUACAACUCUGAACGCUUCAUCCGUCCUACCUUUGCCAUUACCCCCAGCAACAUCACUCAAUAAACGGAGCUACAGGCUUUGACUCGAUUCAUGCCUUUUGUGAUUGAGCCCCUGCUUCUUUCGUACAGGGACUGGAGUUGGGAUUGCGGAUGAUGCGGUCAUGGUCGAAAGAUCAGCCAUCUGGAAGAUGGGUCUUGUCUCGAGAUGCUCGAGAAAAACACUGUAGAUAUACAUUUCUAAGAAGGGUUUAGUUUGGUUUUGCAAUAUCAUUUCUUCAUGCGUUCUA